CGUCUUCGCCGCGCCAUCUUUGUAUUAUUUCUAAUUUAUUUUGAUUGUCAAAGGCAUUUAUGAAGAUUUUUUUUUCCACUGGAGUCUCCUUUCUAACCCGGCUCUCCCGAUGUGAUCCGCGCUGAACGCCGCCACCACACCACCAUGUCUCGCCGCAAGCAAGGCAAGCCCCAGCACUUGAGCAAACGGGAUUUUUCGCCCGAGCCCCUCUCCGUCGCCCUCACUGCCGCCACUCUCCUCCCGUCGGAGGACCUCUCGGAACACAGCUCCUCCUCCUCCACCACCUCCUCCUCCGUCUCCUCCUCCUCCUCCCCGGAGCAGGACCUGCUGACAUGCGGCCAGUGCCAGGCCACCUUCCCCCUGGCCGACAUCUUGCUCUUUAUCGAGCACAAGCGCAAGCGAUGCCACGGCCCUCCCUGCCUGCCCCGGGACGCCGUUGGCGGGCGCGGCCUGGACAAGCCCCCCUCGCCCUCGCCCGGCCUGGCCCUGACGCCCACCCCUGCGCUGGGCCUGGGGGCGCUGGGCCUAGGGGCCCUGGGGCUGGGGGCCCUAAGGGCUCAGCAUCAGCACCUCCGACGGAGGCCCGUGGAGGUGGGGGUCCAGGCCACUCUGGCUGAGGAGGACUGCGAGAGCAACCGGCUGCCCUCCUCUUCGUCGUCGCCCCGUGGGAUCUUUCCCAAGCAGGAGCACCCUGUCCCAGGUAAGGAGGAGCCGACCACCUACACCUGCACCACCUGCAAGCAGUGCUACGGCAGCGCCUGGUUCCUGCUGCAGCACGCCCAGAACACGCACGGCUUCUGCAUCUACCUUGAGAGCGAACACGGCAGCCCCCUCACCCCGCGCAUGGGCCGGCCGUCCUCCCUGGGCGGGGGCGCCGACUGCCCCUCCCAGCCGCCCCUCCACGGCCUCCACCUGCCCCCCGACGCCAGCCCCUUCAACCUCCUCCGCAUCCCCGGAUCCGGCUCCGGCGGCCGAGAUAGCACGGGCGGGGGAGGAAGCAACAGCGGCCCGAUGGGGGGCGUGGGACUCGGGGGCCAUCAUCAGCGCUUCCCUCCGACGCCGCCUCUCUUCAGCCCGCCUCCGCGGAACCACCUGGACCACCACCUGAGUCCCGAGGAGCUGGCGCUUGCAGCCCACCACCCGAGUGCCUUUGACAGGGUGCUGCGCCUCAACCCUCCUCUGGGCCUGGACCCUCCUCCGCCCAUGGACUUCUCGCGACGGCUGCGAGAGCUGGCCGGCAACAACUCAGUGUCCACCCCGCCGCUGUCCCCGAGCAGACCCAGUCCCAUGCAGAGGCUGCUCCAGCCAUUCCAGACAGGAGGGCAAGCCGGAGCUCUGGGGGGUACCGGAGGUAGCAAACCUCCCUACCUCUCCACUCCGCCUCCUCUCCCAGGCUCCAUGCAGUCCCCCUCAGGCUCUCAGACCACCCCGACCACCCCCCUCCCAUCGGCCGGCGCUCCGCCCUCCUCCACCACUCCGUUGAAGACAAAGUCGUGCGAGUUCUGUGGCAAGGCCUUCAAGUUCCAGAGCAAUCUCAUCGUCCAUCGCCGCAGCCACACAGGAGAGAAACCCUACAAAUGCCACCUGUGUGACCAUGCCUGUACACAGGCUAGCAAGCUGAAACGCCACAUGAAGACACACAUGCACAAGUCGUCUUCGCCCAACGCAGGGAAGUCAGAGGACGGGCUUUCGGUGGCCUCCUCCCCUGAGCCUGGCACCAGUGAGCAUCUGGGCAGCGCCAGCAAUGCCCUGAAGUCCGUGGUGGCCAAGCUGAAGAGCGAGAACCGCUUGCUCCACCAGAACGGGGACGACGAGGAAGAGGAAGAGGAGGAGGAGGAGGAGGAAGAAGAGGAGGAGGAGGAAGAAGAAGAAGAGGAGGAGGAGAUUGAGGAAGAGGACCAGAACGGAGAGAGGGUGGUACAGCAGAAUAACAACAACAAUAACAACAACAGCUACCACUUCAGCCUGAACUUAGAGGCGGCCCGCCAUCAUGAGAACAACGGCAGCAUCGGUGGUCGGCUGGGAGGUGGAGCGGACGAGGGGUCGAUCCCGCGCUCCCUGCCGGAGGUGAUGCAGGGGAUGGGGCUGGCAGCCAGCAUGCAUCAAUUCAGUGAAGCCCUCAAUGCGCACAAGCGCAACGCCAUGGCCCAGGAGAAUCACGUCCACCAUCACCUCGCCCGUGACCAUCGCAACCGCAGGAUGUGCGACGAGGACUCGGCCGUGGAAUCAGGCCGGGCCGAAGAGGGCUGCAUCUCAGCCAUCAACGGACGGGGGACCUCCCCCAACGAGGCCGCCUCCGUGGGACUCUCAAAGAAGCUGCUUUUGGGAAGCCACAGUCCUCUCAGUCCCUUCACCAAACGCAUCAAACUGGAAAAGGAGUUUGACCUGCCCACGCCCACCAUCCCUAACACGGAGAACGUCUACUCCCAGUGGCUGGCCGGCUAUGCGGCCUCCAGACAACUCAAGGACCCCUUUCUGAACUUUGGGGAUUCCAGACAAUCGCCAUUCGCCUCUUGCUCUGAGCACUCUUCAGAGAACGGCAGCCUUCGCUUCUCGACCCCCCCGGGGGAGUUGGAUGGCGGGGUGUCGGGCCGCAGCGGUACGGGGAGCGGGGGCAGCACUCCCCACCUUGGGGGUCCCGGCCGGCCCAGCUCCAAGGACGGCCGCAGGAGUGAUACGUGCGAGUACUGCGGCAAGGUGUUCAAAAACUGCAGCAACCUGACGGUGCACCGGCGCAGCCACACGGGCGAGCGUCCCUAUAAGUGUGAAUUGUGCAACUAUGCGUGCGCUCAGAGCUCUAAGCUGACACGCCACAUGAAGACCCACGGACAGGUGGGCAAGGACGUGUACAAGUGUGACAUUUGUCAGAUGCCCUUCAGCGUCUACAGCACCUUGGAGAAACACAUGAAAAAAUGGCACAGUGAUCGACCCAUGAGUACCGAAAUUAAGUCUGAAUAGUAUGGCUAUAAUGUUGGACUAGCGCCUCUCCCCCGAGACAUCUCCGCUACCAGUCUGGUUUACCCCCUACCAUAGUCUCUUGUAGAUUUGCCCUCAACCCCCAAGCACUAACUCAUCUCUUUUGCCAGUCUGGUGGAAGCUUAACACCACCAGCACACUCCCUUUCCAUUACCCAUUGAAUGCAUGAUUUGUAUCGGGGCAAUACUAUUGCAUUGACGCAAAACUUUGAGCCUUUCUCUUGUGCAAUAAUUUACAUGUUGUGUACAAUUUUUUCCUGUUUGAGUUUGCCUUUUUCCAUUUUUAAGAAUUAGUCAGCAUGCAUAGUAUGUUUUUGCUAAUCAAAAAAGAUAAAAAGAAAAUGAAAACAAAUUUGUCCCUGGUUAGUUAGUAGUUGAGUAAAUGUGUUGCUGUUUUCUCUUGUUCUGUUUUCUUUCUUUUUGUUUUUUAAAAGGAGAAAAGACAAGAAAGAUACAACCAUGCUGCAUACAUUCUGUAACACAUAUCAUGUACAGUUUUGUGUUGUAACAUGGACAAUUCACAGUCUUUGACUUGACCCUCUUAUGUAAAACCUGGAAAUGCACUUAAUCUGAUCUUUCUAAAAGAUGCCAUGUCCACACAGGGUUUAAGAAAAAAAAAAAGAUUGGCUUGAUUACUAAACCACUAGCAAAGACAGCCUUAAAAGUCUUUUAAAAAAAAGUCAAGGAUGGGCUGUAAGCUAAAUUUGUACUAUCAUUUGGUUAAAAAAAGGAGUGCCUUUCAUUCAACAAGACUGCGUUAUUGGCCAUACUAUUUUCUGUGCUAAACACGAGGUCACACCAGGUACUGCUAGAGGGAUUUAGCCACCCAAGAAAGGUUCUUGCAUCAAGCACCUGACUGCUCAAACAGAGUGUGACAAACUAGAGUAAGAUCAGAAAAGUAUUGUUAUUCAUCAUUUAGCUACCUAUACAUGUUCUAUAGUAUCUUUAAUAUGUGGAAUUCAUGGCAAGCAUGGUACAAGCAGUAUUGUGUAUAUCUGAAUUAUUUGUAAUUUUGUUCUUGGUAUUUAGAUACUAUGGGGGGGAAAGGUACUUGUCACGUACAAUCCUGAACUUGAGGGAUGCGGCGCAUGGCUCGGAAGCGUUGUAUCGCGUUAGCACAAAGACGCACAGCGCUGCUUUGGAUAUGUCAGUGUGUGGAACAAUGCAUAAAGUUUAAUAUGAGCUCCAAUUGCGUUAGACUACAUUAGGGGGCAUUGGUUUACUACAAGCUAGACAGACAGAAAGCUACACCAAACUGGAAGCUACACGUUAGGAGGAACUGAGGCAAUCGUGUUCACUUUAUUGUUUUUUAAAACAGGGUGUUUGUAACAAGGAAAGAAAGAAAGAAAAAAAGAAAGAACUGCAAAAAAAAAAAAUGGCCGCUGUGUUCUCUAGGGCUUUCGGGGCUACAUAACAAUGAAUAAAGUUUGAUACAUUGGAAUGCAUAGGCUAAUACAGGGCAGAUUUGUCUUUGUUUGCUGUUGUUAAGAAUGCAAGAGACAUAUUACAUUUCCUUCCUUGAAUUUAAUUUAAAUGCUGGUACGUAGAUCUAAUCUAAAUUCUGGGACAUUUCAAAAAACUUGAAAGUUGCACUUUUCCCAAGUUUACAGGUUUAUGCUCAAGGGAAAAUGCUGUUGGUGGACGUGGCUCCCAUUGUCAAACAACUGUAAAGACAUAUAAUCAGACAUCCAGCUCUCCAGCUCCCUGACCUAUGCCCUAUGUAUCCACACUUUGUUCACAUUUAACCCUUUGCCAUGCUGUUAGAGCAACCUAUAGUGUUAGCACUCUAAAAGGACAAACUUAAAAGUAACCAAUUGGUUUGCCAUCCAGUUCUAUGAAAUACAGGGUUUACAUUUGGUCCAAAAUAGACCACAAUUCUACAGGACUAGCAAUAUUGCUUGAUCCGAGAUUUAACUCUGCUGCCAAUUCACCUUGUUGUUAAGACCAUUUAUUGUUGUCUUGUCAUUAUCCAAACAUGGAUAGGGAAUCUAUAGAUAUUGGGGCCAGAUGGCAAAAGUUGUUAUUUAAUUUUGUAAAAUAUAAUGAUUUGUUUGGAUCAUUUUUUUCUUUCUUUUUUUUUAAUAACACUUUGUUUCCUCAUGGUAACCAUGGUAACCAGUGUUCAUGUUUGGAGUCAACUCACAAUGUUCAAGAAUCUGAUCACAGUAUAUUCAAAAUGGUACAAAAAAAUGAAGAGAGAAAAGAUAUCCGUGGUGUUUUGUAUUUUCUUUUUGCCUUGGCUCUUCACAGCUCUUCAGGUUGAAAUACAAUUUGCAUUGGGGAAAGGAUUGAGAUAAUAUAUGACUAUAUAAUAAAGAACUUUAAAAUAUAGGAAAAUGCACACAUGUCAAUUCCUAUGCUUAAACACAUUUAUGGUCUACUUUCUCUGUAUUUCUAGAAUUGUAUUUGAAUUCAAUGUUCACUUAGAGUAGGCACUAUAGUAUUUAUAUUGAGGCUUGUAUUUUUAACUGUUGCUCGUUCUCUCUGAAGGUAUUUACCUUUUUUGGUAGUGGAAAAAAAUCCCCAAGCUGCCGCGGUAUAUUUUUUUAAUUUGGCAGGAUAAUAUAGUGAGAAUUAUUUGUAUGAUGUUUAAAGAAAUAAAUUGGGGGGUUGGCAGGUGGGGGGUAAAGACAAUUUAAAACAGCAGCUCCAACGUCCUGGGCCAUAAAAUGGCCGAUGCACUACUUCCUGUAUGCGGUGGUGGUUGUACAUAUCUUCUUUAUUGUGUUCAUUAUUUUUUUCUUAAUUGUGUCUUUUUUUAUUUAAAUUGUUAUUAUUUUGGGUUGGACCUCCCCUAGCUCCUCGAUCCUAACUACCUUUUGCUGCCAUAUUGUAUUGCAGUAAUGCAAGCUGACAUCGGCCUGUUCUGUUGUGUGCUAUUGUCUCUCUCAUUUUCUCCCUCCUGACUACAUUCCAACGUUUAAAAGAAAAUAGAGAGGGAGACAAAAAAAGACUUCAUGCGCAGUACAUGGAUUAUGAAAAAACGAGAAAUGCAUCAAUAAAUGCAUUCGAAAAAAAGUCAUCCCUGAAACCAGUUUGUCUUUUGCAGUAUUUUUUUUUCAUUGCCAAAUACUAAAUGGUGCUUUAUAUCUAGAUUGGAAAUACUUUAAUAUGCAAAGCAUAUUCAAAAUACAAAACUAAAAAAACUGACAACCUUGGUUGGUGGGGGAGCUCACUCGAGAUGAGGCUUUUUUUGUAAAUGGCAAUGCAGAAUAUUUUGUUAUCAGCCUUUUUCUAUUCCUGUUCCGAGAGCGGUUUGUUGUUACUUGAACUUGAACCUAUCUUCUACCAUGGGAGUGACUAUUUAUUGUUAUGUAAGCCCUGUUCUAAACAGAACAGAUCCUUCUCUUUUUAGUUUUGAUUAUUAUAUAAUUUGUAACAUUUCUGUUGAUUAUUUUCUCUUUAUUAUUAUUGUGGCCAAAGGCCACUGAAACACCUAGCUUCUUUUUUCUGAGGGGAGGGUCUCUGUUUGGUUGUAUUGGGAAAAACGACUGUCAGUAUUUUCUGGCAGAUGUCUGCAUAAUCCUGUUCACACACCCAUUUUGUCCCUUUAUCGGAAAUCAAUUAAUAAAAAAAAACCUCAAAGCGUACCCCCGCUUGUCGCGUGUCUUGUGCUUGCGUGGUAA